GCAGCCCCUUCCAAUGUUUAAAAACCCUUUCUGUGAAGAAAUUCCUCCUGAUGUCUAAAAUUCCUCCUGAGGUGGCUUGUUGUGCCACGCUUCCGUGCUCAGACCUGUUUCAGCUGUGACUCAUCAUUGCUGGCUCUGCCAGUCAACAAAGUGAAACAAAAUGUUAAUAUCACAGCUGAGUUCCCAGUUACUGAAGGCUUCGAGAAUUGCAGGCCACCUUUUGCCCAGGUCUGUGUCUUCCUUCCUUUGCUGCCGCUCCACCACCGCCCACUACAGCACCCAGCCCCCCAACACCAGCGGGGCCCAGCCCCAGCAGUGGCACACCCUGGACCCUGAGCUGGAGGAGAUCCUGAUUCCCAGGAAACUCUCCAUCAGCCCCUUGGAGAGCUGGCUGUCAGUGAGAUAUUCCCUGCCCGAAGCAGAGGGAGCUCAGGAGGAGGUGGGCCAUGAGCCCCCCCAGGGGUCCGAGUGCCCCCCGCCCGCCGGGGGAGUGGCCGUGGGGGAAGGAGGGGGAGCCCCCGGGGACACGGUGCAGUGCAAGAACGUCCUCAAGAUCCGCAGGAGGAAGAUGAACCGCCACAAGUACAAGAAGCUGCUCAAGAGGAGGAAGUUCAUCCGCAGGAGGAUAAAGGAGGGGCGCAAGAAGAGGCGUCAGAUAAAAUUCGAGAAGGAUUUGGAGCGCAUCUGGAAAAGGGCUGGUUUGAAAGGCCCUCCUGCAGGAUGGCAAACACCCAAGAUAUACCUGAGGAGUUCAAAGCGAUAAAACCCCACCUGCCAUGAGUUUUGACCUGUAAUUGUAAUUAAAAAAAAUAUUGCAGUACGUGGAUGACAUUUACCCUUUCUCUGAAUGUGAUGAAAUUAGCAGGAAGGAGUUUUCCAAGCACAGACCUGAUGGGAAUUUGCUUUUCCUCCCCAGAGGAGUGGUGUGAGGUCUUUGUGUGGUGGUUUGGUGCUGCUCUGUGCUCUUUUGUCUGAGCAAAGGUGUCCUGGGGCUGCAGCUGAAUUUCUGGAAUUCCUGUUUGAUUAAUUAGAACAUAAGAACAAUCAGUUGUGGGAGAUGGGAUCAGUGGAAGAAUUCUUCUUGAUUGUAUGUAUGACACAAAGAUUUGGAAAAGGUCAAAACUGCAUUCUCUCAUAGCCUUAUUUCAGAAAGGCUGGUGUUUUCUAAGAAUUCUGGGGAGAUAGGAGUUGGAUCAGAAUUCCAUAGAAUGUGUCUGUAUCUGCAAAAGCUUUAUCUGAAGCCUUGGUGUGCAUGUGCCUUGGGCAUUGCAUGGACAACCUUAAAGGCACAUUUGUGCUCUAUUUUGUGCUAAUAAAAAACUGUUGUUUUUUUUUUCUUUGACUGACCCCUGUCACACAGAACAUCCAGAUCUUGGUAUCAAUAAAAGCUCAGAGCUAAUUAUUCGUUAACUACAAAAA